UUAAGAAUUUCAUCAAUAAUCAUAAAAACCCAUUAACAAAUAAAUAGCCAUCUUUGUUCAACCUCUUUUCAGCAAAAAUAUCCAAAUAACUUAGUAUUAUAUUUCCGAAAAACAAAAUUCCCAUCACUUAAUACAAAAACCUCAAAGCUGCUGCAAAUAAACACCCCGAAGUUUUCUAAUAUUGUUCCAAGCAAAGAAAAUCUUCUUUUGGCUGCCCUUUCCAGUUCCAUUUUAGCUCCUCAAAUGGAAAUUGUGUCUAAUAUCAAUAAAUAAUCAGCAGGGUCGUCCCUGUCUUUAUUAAGCACUGGUCUAUCUUAGACUGUCUUAUGGUCACUCAGAAAGUUCUUUUAUCAUCACCUAAACCCUAGUUAAGAUUGAAAGUAGUUGAAAGAAGAGAAACAUCCCAUCAGCACCACACCAUCACGGAAAAGACCAACGCAUCUUUUUUAUAUCUCAAUUUAAUUGACAAAAUUCAAAAAGAGUUAUUGUUGUAGACUACCUGAACCUAUUAAAGACUGUGCUCGAUCCAUGGAUUCAAUUCGAGAAAUGGAUAGCUCCAACACCGAAAACGCCAGCCUCAACGUUAGCAAUAACGAUGCAACUUCGCUUGCAUCCUCGUCUUCUUCAACCUCAAGCCGCUACGAGAACCAAAAGCGCCGUGACUGGAACACCUUUGGGCAGUACCUGAAGAAUCAUAGGCCCCCACUUUCCCUCUCCAGGUGCAGUGGAGCUCACGUCCUCGAAUUCCUUCGCUACCUCGACCAAUUUGGCAAAACCAAAGUCCACACUCCAAUCUGCCCCUUCUAUGGCCACCCAAACCCACCAGCUCCUUGCCCAUGCCCACUCCGUCAAGCCUGGGGUAGCCUCGAUGCUCUCAUCGGCCGCCUCCGAGCUGCCUUCGAAGAAAAUGGAGGAAAACCUGAGGCAAACCCCUUUGGGGCGCGAGCUGUGAGGCUUUAUCUUCGUGAGGUUCGUGAUUUGCAGUCAAAAGCAAGAGGGAUUAGCUACGAGAAGAAGAAGCGUAAGCGACCACCAGCUCAACAAAUCCUAACUCUGCCACUGCCACCACCACCAGGUGCAAGUUAAAAUAUACAUCAGCAAAGCCCCUUAUGCAAGCAGUUUACUCUGUGUAUGAGUAAAUGUUUCUCCCUGGUUGCUACUUGCUUGAUCUAUGUUGGGUAGUCUUCUUUACUUUUGCCUUCAGUUAUAUUAUGGUAUUAUUUUCAGACAUCAGUAUAUUUUUAGGGUACGUACGUACGUACGUAGUUUUACUUUUCUAUGCUUUCUGUUUGCUGUUAGAGUGGUAAAAUCUGGUAAUGCUUUAGAGAUUUUUGGGGAUUCAUUGAAUCUACUUUUGAUGCAAACAGUCUUAGUGUCCUCAGUAAUGGACUAGUAGUUGUUGUAGUAGUACUAAAAAAAGUCAUUCUAGGAGUGAUUGUGCUAGCAGUUGUUGCCUAAGUGGAACUGAGAGCAUCUAAUUGCUCAUGGUUUUUAUGUACUUUUAGUAUUCAUAUGUAUGCCAAACCAUAUAUAUUUGCAGUUCAUCUGUCUUCUUCUCUCU